AAAGGAAGAUAAAAGCUGAUGAUUAAGCUCCAGUCUGUCAGUUCCUCUUUGUCUGUCUGAUGGUCAUCAUGGUUCACCUAGACCAAGCAACUCUGCUCUUCAUUCAGCUGUUUCUUGUACACCAUGUCUUCGCAGGGACUUCUCUACCUGUCCACAGGAACGUGUUGGUGUCCAGAGGAGAAGAUGUCACCAUCAUAUGCAACAUAUCUGAGAAUAACACAACACAAAUCAGCUGGACCAAAGGCAGAUUUCUUUUUGCUUAUUCAGGAUUACAGAAUCUGAAUUUUUCUAAUUUCACCUCUGACAGACUGAGAAUAGACCCCAGCUUUCCUUUAAAGUUGAUUAUUUCAAACACUCAGCUUAACGACGCAGGGAUCUAUAGAUGUAAUGUAAAUGGCAGAGGAGGCCCAAAGACUGCUGAAUGGAAUUUAACUGUGUCUGAGGAACCUGAAGAAAUCAUUGCAACGGGGUAUUUUCCAUACAUACUCCCACCUGUAACUGGAUUACUUCUGUGUGGCAUCGCUUCAGCUGUCUGCCUCUGCAGAAAAUGCAAGACCAGGACACCAAAUCAGGACCCAGAUCAGGACCACUUUCAUCAUCAGUCAGAAGAGGCGGUCCUUUCUCAACAACAGGCUGACACAAACAGUAGGAUAACUAGCAAGCGGAGGAGUCAGUUCAUAGAGAGGAUCAAUUCAGUCUAUGGUCUCUACUAAGCUGGCAUGCCAUUCACAAGAAACUUUAACACGAGACAUAGACAUAAGACAUUUUUUCCAUUUCAAACCAGAGAAUUCAAGGCUCCAACUCAACUUCAUGGGACCCAAAGAUGCCUUUGGCUUAUCUAACAUUAAUACAAUAAAACCAGUGCCUUAACUUUAAGAAGUUUUUAAAAAUCUUAUCCUUUCAUGGUGCUCUGUGUAUUGCAACAUGUUUUUAUGAAUAUAAUGAUUCUUGUAUUAGUUUGUGGUAUUGAAUGUUGUCUUGUUGUCUCUGCAUUAUGACCCCACCGCUGCAAGUUCCUGUGUUGCAGUGUCAGUAAAGUUCAGUUCAACAGUCUUUAACUGGAGGUCGGUGCCCUCUAGGGUUCCAUGAAGGAAUUACAUGGAGUCUUUCCAAUCAAAACUUGUGUUUCAAAGACUACAGACAAGUUUUAUUUUCAGUUAUUCCACUGUUACUCAAUGGACCCAACCGAUUUAUAGUAUAAUUAUGCUGACACAUAAAAUUGUCCAUAAUUAGAUGGUUAGAGUGUCUUCAUAGUGAAUGCCUUCAUUACAGGGCUAGGGUUAGGCGCUGCAUGUCGCCAGGGAAUUCAUGUUAUGGGCCCUGCAGAGAGACAGGUCAUUUGGUAAAUGUAAGUUAACAGAUUUGGUUAUGGUACAGUGUCAGUGUUAUCGGUUAUUCUGCUUCUUAUAACCAUCAUAAAGUAUCCAACAUGUUCUGAGACCAUGUUCAACAGUGAGUUUUAGUUUUAAUUUUUAUUAUUUCUACCCAGCUGCAAUGGAAAUGUGGGAAUAAAAGAGGUUAGAACUUCUUUCUUUCAUUUUUAAAAACAACAGUUGAUGAGCUGAGACCCAAGUGUUGACCAAAUAUUUUCAGGUAUGGCGUUUGUGCUUUACAAACAGAUCUAAAGCCUAAAAUUUGUGCCAUAACAGUUAUCACAAUUUCUAUAUUGAAAAUAUCUGAGUAUAGGGUCACAACUUUUGUUUGCAGCUGAUGUACAGUUAUACUUUGUGAUACAAGACGAUGAAAUCACAUGCAAAACUUUGUUUUGCACAUGCUCGCAUUAGGGUUAGAGUUUAAUAAGUCAUAUUAUAAAAACAUACACCUUGGCUUAGAGUCGAUAUUGUACCUACAGACCCAGUCUAAUAUGACUACUUCCUUUAAUCCCUGCUUUCUCUACA